CCGACGAAUAGCGGAAGUAGUUGUCUGGUAGAAGCAAAAGCUAAGCGAACAAAGUUUUGUUUCAUUUUGUCCUUCCAAUAUGCCUAUUAAGUCGGUUUUUCAGCGAAGCCAUGAAUUUUUAUUUUAAUUGCUUUUUACGUCUUUUCUUUUUUUUUUUUUUUUUUUUUUUUGCAUUAUUUUUAUCUUUUUUUUUUUUUCCAGCUAGCUUAUCCUUUUAGCUUUAUGAAAAUAGGAAACCGAGUCAGAGGCAGUUUCAUGGAGAACAGGCUGUUUCUGACGUUUAAGGAGAGAAACGUUUCUGUUGUGAUUUUGUGAAAAUCUCGACGUUGGGAAGAAGAUAACUAGUAAAGAUGGAGGAACCAGCAUAUGGUGAGCAGAGGGACUUGCAGAUUGACGAUGUACAUCAGCUGAGAGUGAUUAAAGAGGAGGAGAAGUGGAAAUCAGACCAGGAGGACGAGAAGCCUCCACAGGUUAAAGAGGAACAGGAGGAGAAAAAGAUCACUGAGUUAAUCUUUAAUCCAGUUCCUGUGAAAAGUGAAGAUGAGGAGGAGAAACCUCAGCUCCCAGAGCUUCAUCACAACCAAACCAAGGAAAACAGGGACCUUGUUGGACCAGAACCAGGUCAACAUUUAGAAUCAGAUGGUGAAGAUGAAACUUCUGAUUCUUGUUCAGAGUCCUCAGAGACGGAUGUCAGUGAUGGAAAUUGGGAGGAGAGCAGUGAAGCUCAGUCAAGUUUGGGAUCUGGAACCAAUAACGCAGAUCCAGUUUGUAAGAAAGGUAAAGAGUUACAUCGCUGCUCUGAGUGUAAUAAAACAUUCAUCUGCAGACAGCAUUUGUUAGAACACAACAGGAUCCACACUGGAGAAAAACCGUUUAGUUGCUCUGUCUGUGACAAAAGUUUUCUUUCAAAAGGAAAACUAAAUAAACACAAAAUGACACACAGUAGGGAAAGGCCUUACGCCUGCUCUGUCUGCAGCCAAAGUUUCAAGUACAGGUCAAAUCUAUCUGCUCAUAUGAGCUGUCACUCUGAAGAAAAACCUUAUUGCUGUUCUGUCUGUAAGGCAGCUUUCCACAGAAAGUAUAGUUUUGAUAUGCACACAUUGACCCACACUGGAGAAAAACCUUUCAGUUGCUCUGUCUGUAAGGCGGCUUUCUUGAGGAAAAACAGUUUAGUGGAGCACACAAAAACCCAUACUGGAGAAAAACCUUUCAGUUGCUCUGUGUGUAAUGUGGCUUUUGCAAGAAAAAGCAGUUUAGUGGAACAUUCAAGACUCCAUACUGGAGAAAAACCUUUCAGUUGUUCUGUUUGUAAGGCAGCUUUCUACAGGAAACGCGGUUUAGUGAGCCACACAAGAAACCACACUGGAGAAAAACCUUACAGCUGCUCCAUCUGUAGCAGAGCUUUUAAUACUCAGGGAAACUUACAAAAACACCAAAUCAUGCACACAGAGAAAAGACCUUACAUAUGUUCUGUGUGUAAUGCAGGAUUCAAAACUAAAAGGCAUUUAGGAGAACACACCAAAACCCACUCAAAUGAAUCCCCUCAUUGCUGCUUGCUCUGUGGCCAACGCUUCAAGUGUAAGUCCUACCUGUCUACUCACAUGAACCGUCAUAAAGGAGAAAAACGACACAGUUGCUCUGUCUGUAAAGCAGAGUUUCUGUUCAAAAACAGCUUAAUGUUGCACACAAGAAUCCACACUGGAGAGAAACCUUACAGCUGUUCUGUCUGUAAGGCAGCAUUCAAGUGGAGACACACAUUCAGGAACCACAUGAGAACCCACACUGGAGAGAAACCUUACAGCUGCUCUGUCUGUAAGGCAACGUUUAAGUGGAGACACACAUUCAGGAACCACACAAGAAUAUGUGUAAAGGCCAGCUGAGUGAAGUUCGUUGUACCUGAGUGUUCAUUGUAACUACUGUUAAGGUUAUGUGUUUUUAUUUUGGUAAUUUUGGCCAGGUUCCUAUUGAAAAUGAAGUUUUUCCUUAUGGGAAAUUAAAAAAAAAUAAUUCUUGUGAAGGUGUGUUCAAACAUUUGGUCUGUACUGUAUGAAAAUGGCUAAAUAAAUUUAAUUUACUUACUUUAUGGUGGGGUUAUUGGUAACCUCAUAGGAACACACAAUCUCAUUUAUUGAAUAAAACUGUAAAUACGACUCUUGAGGAGCUUUAAAUUUAUAAAAUAGAUAUUUUAAGCCACAUUCCGUACCAGUAGGUGGCGGUAAUGCUUACCAAAUGUUUCUUUCCAACCGCCAAUAAAAAUCAAGACAAAAGCUUUUAUUUUGAAGGCCUCCGUGAGCCGACGAAUAGCGGAAGUAGUUGUCUCCUAGCAGCGAGUUUUAAUUCAUUAUUUUUAAUGUACAAUUUUCUUGUGUUGGCUUCCCGAUCAUAAUAAAACGCAUCAUUAAGUCCACCGUGAUUUUAUAUCAGUUGUGAAGUUUUGGUUUCUUUAGUUUUAUCUACUUCCUCCCCGUAGGUUUAGCCUAGCCUGUUAGCUGGAAGGAAACGGGAAUGCAGCGAGUCAGAGACAGUUUGAUGAUAUAUAAAGAGAGAAACGUUUCUAUUUUUAUUUUGUGAAAAUCUCAGAAGGUCCCAGCGUCGGAGAGAAAACUAUUAACAAAUGGAGGAACCAGCACACGAUUUCCAGCAGCUCAUGGGGAUCAAAGAGGAGGAGAACUGGAGUCCCAAACCAGACCUGGAGGACCAGAAGCCUCCGCAGAUUAAAGAGGAGCAGGAGGAGAAUGAGAUCACUGAGUUAAAAUUCAAUCCAGUUCCUGUGAAAAGUGAAGAUGAUGAAGAGAAACCUCAGAUCGCAGUGCCUCAUUACAGCCAAACUGAGAAAAACAAACACUUUGUAGGACCAGAACCAGAUCAAUGCUUAAAAUCAGUUUGUAGCAAUGUUGUUACUUUAAAAACUAAUUUUUCUGUAUGUAAUGCAGGCUUUAAAACUAAAAACACUGUAGUAAAACACACAAUAACUCAUGUUAGCAAAAGGCAUUUCAGCUGCUCAGUCUGCAGCCAAAGCUUCACAUGUAGGUCACAUCUAUCUGCUCAUAUGUGUGGUAAUACUGGAAACAAGCCUUACAGCUGCUUGGUCUGUGGAAAGACCUUUGCUUACCUUACGAGCCUAAAAUGUCACCUAAGACGUCACACCGGAGAAAAACCGUAGAGCUGCUCCGUCUGUAGAGCGAUGUUCAUAUGGAAAAACAUUCAAGAACCACGCAAGAAUACAUAUGGAUGAAAACCGUCCAGUUGCAUGGACUACGGUCAAAGCUUCAGCCAGACUGAUUUGAAGAAUAAGCUGUCCACUUUUCAGCUUCUCUGUCUAAAAUAUUUCUUUAGAGGAAAUAAGACACUGGACCUUCAGCUGAAGAGAAACUGUGAAACUAUAAAACAUUUAUUGUAGUUGGAACUAAAUAUGAUGACAUGAUUUGAUUGUCUUGGUUUGAAUUUAAUCUUGACUCAAUUGGACCCAGUUUAAGGUCAUUUUUAAAGUAAAAUCAAGAACGUAAUGGUCAGCAUCCUCUUUAUGAUACUGCGAUACAACAACGGAGUCUCUUCGAUUCAAAAAUACUUUAUUAACCCCAGAUGG